CUCGGUCAGUCAGUCCAAAAUAACCAUGGUCCAUCAACUCGUCGUCGCUGUGUGUGUGGUGUUAGGGCUCGCCUCUCACCAGGUGUGUGCUCAGUGGUGGGGCAUUGGUCAAGGUCAGGGUCAAGGUCAGGGUAUGGGUCAACUUGGAGGAUUAGGUGGCGGUGCGCUUGGCAUGGGACAAGGUCAAGGUCAGGGUAUGGGUCAAUUUGGAGGAUUAGGUGGCGGUGCGCUUGGCAUGGGACAAGGUCAAGGUCAAGCUGGAGGGUGGGGAAACAAUCUCUUCCAACCGUUGAGGCCCAGUAUGCAAGACAACACCCUGUACCAGACCUGUGUCGCCAAGAACUCCAACGGCGAUGACAUGAGGGUCACUUUCAGCCUUGGCAACAACAACAACUUCAACAACCCCAUGUUUAACCGAUUCGGUGGAGCCCGUAGCCUACGUCUCUCAGCUGUCAUCGCUUCCAACCCUGCUUCAACUCUCCAAGGUCAGUUCCAGUUGGUCGUCACUGAAUUCUCCCGCACUGAAGAAGUGUGUUCGAGCCGUGCUCUCGGCGACAUCCUGACCGACCGUACCUGGUGGAGACAGUCCCGUACUCCCCGCGGCAUCGUUGGCACCCCCGUCACCAUCAACCAGGGACAGACCGCCACCUCCUCUGAGACCGUGGAGAACCUGUCCUUCGAGGAGCUGACCGGCCGUGGACUGGCUUUGUGUCCCUCUCACCAGAUCUCUGGCUCCACCUGCAUGGACGUCAUCCCUCUGUGCUGCAAGAUCGGCUUCGACAGUCAACCUGCCACCACCUCUUUCACCUCCCAGAACCAGCUCUUCGGCCAGGGACUUCUCGGUAUGCAGAACCCAGGUAGCAACAACGGCUUGGGAGGUGGAUUCAAUCAAGGAAUGGGCGGCGGACAGUCUCAGGGAAUGAACCAGGGACUCCCUUCAGGACUGAACGGAGGAUUUGGGCAAGGUGGACUCCCCUCAAACAACGCUGGCUCCCAAAACAUGCGACUCUCAUUCUAGACUAGACUUAUGUAGACUAGUCAAUAGACUUUCAAUAACUUUCAAUAUUUAUUAUUCAUGUACCAUAUUAAUUUAUUGUCAAUGAAACGUAUCACUCACUACGAAUUCUUUCAUGUCACAAGAAAUUUAUUACCGAUAGUGAGUUGAUGAGCCCAUAAUCAUUGUGUGUGUGGACAGAUUGUGUGUGCAACAUAUUUUCUAAUAAAAAGACUUCAUUAA